AGCAGGUGUACACCAUUAGUUUAUUUUUAAAUAUCCGUUGUGGCUUUAGAAUUUGAUUGUGUCAGAUUUCUGCUUGGUGCUGAUGCUGAAAGUGACUCAGGAGUGAAUCAGCUAUUGACCUGUAGAUGAACUUUCUCACUCAGAUAACAAAGACCUGCUAAUACUCAGAUGUUUCUAGUAACUCUCACACCAUGGAGGAUAUCGUCAUAGCUGGAAUUUCAGGUCGGCUGCCUGAGUCUGACAGUUUGGAAGAAUUUUGGCAGAACCUUUUCAAUGGAGUCGACAUGGUCACAGAGGACGACAGGAGGUGGAAACCAGGUCUGUACGGACUUCCUCGCAGAAAUGGGAAACUAAAAGAAAUAGACAGAUUUGACGCAGCCUUUUUUGGUGUCCAUCCCAAACAAGCCCACACCAUGGAUCCACAGCUGAGGCUUAUGCUAGAGAUAUCAUACGAGGCCAUCGUUGAUGGAGGCAUAAACCCAGUUUCCAUGCGUGGCACUAAGACUGGUGUAUACAUUGGAGUGAGUGGUUCUGAAGCUGGAGAAGCUUUCAGCAAAGACCCAGAGGAGCUCCUGGGCUACAGUAUGACCGGCUGUCAGCGUGCCAUGUUCGCCAAUCGUCUUUCUUACUUCUUUGACUUCAAUGGCCCCAGCACAGCCAUCGACACAGCAUGCUCUUCCAGUCUCCUGGCUCUAGAGAAUGCUUUUCAGGCUAUUCGCCACGGCCAAAUUGAUUCAGCCCUUGUUGGGGGAGUCAACUUGCUCCUCAAGCCCAACACCUCAGUGCAGUUCAUGAAACUGGGCAUGCUCAGCCCUGAUGGAUCCUGCAAGUCUUUUGACUCAUCAGGAAAUGGCUACUGUCGUUCAGAAGCUGCUGUGGCUGUACUCCUGAUGAAGAAGUCCAUGGCCAAGAGAGUUUAUGCCACAGUGCUCAACGCUGGCAACAACACAGACGGCUACAAAGAGCAAGGUGUGACGUUUCCCUCUGGGGACAUGCAGCAGCUCCUGGUCCGCUCCCUCUACCAAGAGGCCAACAUCUCACCUGAGCAGGUGGAGUACAUUGAGGCCCAUGGCACUGGCACUAAGGUUGGGGAUCCACAGGAGGUGAACGGCAUUGUCAGUGUGUUCUGCGAGUCACAGCGGGAUCCUCUACUUAUUGGCUCCACUAAAUCCAACAUGGGCCAUCCUGAGCCUGCCUCUGGGCUGGCUGCCCUCGCAAAAGUGGUCUUAUCUCUGGAGCACGGCGUGUGGGCACCCAACAUUCACUUCCAGAACCCCAACCCAGACAUCCCUGCACUGACCGACGGGCGCCUGCGUGUCGUCUCCGAGCCUAUUCCAGUCCGGGGGGGCAUUGUGGGCAUCAACUCAUUUGGUUUUGGAGGCUCUAAUGUCCAUGUGAUCCUGAGUCCACCUAAGCCCCACCCUCCUGCACCAGAAUCUCCACUAUCUGUCCCCAGACUGAUGCAGGCAUGUGGGCGCACUGAGGAGGCAACCGCCUUAAUCUUUCAGAAAGCUGAGGAGAACAGCCAGAACCCAGCUUUGCUGACCCUGCUGAACGACGUGUCUGCUGUCCCCACCGCGAGCAUGCCCUUCAGAGGGUACUCACUGCUGGGAGCUCAAGGGGAAGUGAAAGAGGUCCAGCAGACCCAGCCCACACCCAGACCUCUCUGGUACAUCUGUUCUGGUAUGGGUACGCAGUGGGCCGGUAUGGGUCGUAGCCUGAUGCAGCUGCCGGAGUUCAGAGAAUCUAUCCUCCGCUCAGACGAGGCUCUGAAGGAAACGGGGCUGUGUGUGUCGCGUCUGCUGAUGGAGGCUGAUGAAAACACCUUCGAGGAUACAGUCCAUGCCUUUGUGGGCCUCGCAGCCAUCCAGAUUGCACAAAUAGACAUGCUGCAGAGGAUGGGUCUCCAGCCAGAUGGAAUUGUGGGCCAUUCCGUGGGAGAACUGGCUUGUGGUUAUGCUGAUGGCUCCCUCAGCCACACUGAGGCCAUCCUGGCUGCCUACUGGAGAGGCAGGAGCAUCAAAGAAGCCAACCUUCCUGCUGGAGGCAUGGCUGCAGUAGGGCUGACCUGGGAAGAGUGUAAGGCUCAGUGCCCACAGGGAGUUGUGCCUGCUUGCCACAAUGCAGAGGACACAGUCACUAUCUCCGGACCACAGGAAGCUGUCAGCAAGUUUGUGGCCGAGCUGAAGAAGACUGGCGUGUUUGCCAAAGAAGUGCGCAGUGCUGGUGUUGCAUUCCACUCCUAUUACAUGGCCUCAAUUGCUCCAGCACUGCUCGCUGCUCUGCAAAAGGUGAUAAAAAGCCCUAGGCCUCGCUCUGCCCGCUGGAUCAGUACAUCCAUCCCCCAGUCAGACUGGGAGAGCCCUCUGGCCCUCUACUCUUCAGCUGAGUACCACGUCAACAACCUGGUGAGCCCUGUGCUCUUCCAAGAAGGCCUGAGCCACGUGCCUGACAAUGCUGUGGUGGUGGAGAUAGCACCACACGCCCUCCUGCAGGCUAUCCUAAAGCGCAGCCUCAAGCCCACUUGCUCUAUUCUACCAUUGAUGAAGAGAGGACAUGCCAACAACUUGGAGUUCUUCCUUUCGCAUAUAGGGAAGGUCUACAUGAAUGGUAUCAAUGUGGACAGUAACCGCCUUUAUCCUGCUGUGGAGUUCCCUGUCCCAGUCGGCACACCCCUCAUCUCCCCUCUUAUCCAAUGGGACCAUUCUCAGACCUGGGAUGUCCCCAAGGUGGAAGAUUUUCCAGCUGGUUCUGGAGGCUCCACCUCAGCUAGUGUAUAUAACAUUGAUGUAAACCCUGAAUCCCCAGACCACUACAUGAUUGGCCACUGUAUUGACGGGCGGGUCCUGUACCCAGCCACAGGUUAUCUGGUGCUGGCAUGGAGAACACUUAUGAAGAGUCUUGGCACUGUUUUUGAGCACACUCCGGUUACUUUUGAGGACGUCACCAUCCAUAGAGCCACUAUUCUGCCCAAGACUGGAUCUGUUCAGUUGGAGGUACGCCUUAUGCCUGCCACUAACCGCUUUGAGGUGUCUGAGAAUGGCAACUUAGCAGUCAGUGGAAAAGUCAGUGUGCUGGAGGAUGUAGCACUAGAUUCCUUCCGCUCUCAACUGGAAGAACCUGUGACUCUGGAGGCAGAGGACCCGAAACUGAGACUGAAAGCUGGAGAUAUCUACAAGGAGCUGCGUCUGCGUGGAUAUGACUAUGGCAAAACCUUCCAGGGCAUUCUGGAGUCCAACAAUGCCGGGGACCAUGGGAAGUUGCAGUGGACGGGCAACUGGGUGACAUUCCUGGAUACCAUGCUGCAGAUGAUUGUGGUCGGCUUGUCCGGUCGCAGCCUGCGCCUUCCUACCCGUAUUCGCUCGGUGUGUGUGAACCCCACUGUACAUGAGCAGAAGGUUCAGGACUACACAGAGGAAAGGAAAGCUGUUGAUGUUCAUGUCAACCGCUGCCUGGACAACAUCACAGCCGGUGGAGUUCAGAUCUGCGGCCUCCAUGCCACUGUAGCCCCACGUCGCCAACAGCAACAAACCCCACCUACUCUGGAGGAGUUUGUCUUUGUGCCCUAUGAGGAGAGAGAGUGCCUGCGAUCGAAUGAGAAACUGGAGGACCAACUGAGACAUUGCAAAGGUCUGAUCAGCCGUCUCCAGAGGAAACUGGUUAACCAGGGUGUGAAAAUCUCCAUCCCUGGCCUGGAGAAUGUUUCUGGGGACCAGCUGAUAAGUGCAGAGGCAGAGGGUGGCCUGCUGCAUCUUCUGUCAGUACUGUGUGGCCUGGAGCUGAACGGUAACCUGCACUCAGAACUGCAGCAGACUGUGCAGAAGGAGAGGGACUGUCUGCUGCAGGAUCCACUCCUCAAUGGCCUACUGGACUCACACAAUCUGCGUCACUGUCUGGACACCGCCUUGGAGAAUUCCAGCCCUGGCAAACUCAAAGUUGUGGAGGCUCUCUCCAGCGAAGGCCGUGUGUUCUCCCGAGCCGUCAGCCUCCUCAACAUUCAGCCAAUGUUGCGCCUGGACUACACAGCGUCUGACCUCAACACAGAGCUGCUAGCAGCCCAGCAGAGCUCUCUGGAAGAGCAGGGCAUCUCCGCUGCACAGUGGGAUCCUCAGCAGGGUCCAGCUUCAGGAAAUCUGACUGGUGCUGACCUGGUGGUGUGCAACUGUGCUCCAGGGGUUGUGGCAAGCCCAGCCACACUGCUGGAAAACCUGGCCUCAUCUGCUAAGGAGGGGGGCUUUGUGCUACUUCACACCCUGUUGAGAGGGGACACACUGGGGGAGACUGUGGCCUUCCUCAACUCUUUGGACAAUCAGAAUGGACUGCUGACUCAGGUGGAAUGGGAGAAGCUGUUUGAGAAGGCCUCUCUCAAAGUGCUCAUGAUGAAGAAGUCAUUCUACGGCUCAGUUCUCUUCCUUGGACGUAGACAGACUGCUGAAAAACAGCCUAUCGCAUUGUCCGUGGACUCUACUGACUACAAAUGGGUGGAGAAUCUGAAGAGCAUACUUGCUGAGGCAUCAGAGAAACCAGUGUGGAUUACUGCUACUAACAGCCAUAAUGGAGUGGUGGGAAUGGUCAACUGUCUCAGACAGGAACCUGGAGGCAACCGCAUUCGGUGUGCAUUUGUGUCCAAUCUGAAGAAGUCCUCUGGUGCUCCCUCUCUCUUGCUGACCCAUAAGGACAUGCAGACGGUGCUGCAAAAAGACCUCAGUAUAAAUGUGUAUCGGGAUGGCCAGUGGGGCACAUUUAGACACCAGCUAUUGCCACAAGAUUUAAGCGAGGAGUUGACUGAGCAGGCGUAUGUUAACGUACUGACUCGUGGUGAUCUUUCCUCACUUCGCUGGAUUGCGUCCCCACUGCGGCACUUCGUUCCAUCCAACCCCAAUGUGCAGCUCUGCCGUGUCUACUACUCCUCCCUCAACUUCAGAGACAUCAUGCUGGCCACCGGCAAACUGCCCCCGGACGCUAUUCCUGGAGACAUUGCAUUGCAGCAGUGUAUGCUGGGAAUGGAGUUCUCUGGCCGGGACCCCAGUGGGCGACGUGUGAUGGGCUUGCUGCCUGCUAAAGGUCUGGCAACCUGCGUGGAUGCAGACAAGCGCUUCCUCUGGGAUGUCCCCUCCAGCUGGACUCUGGAGCAGGCUGCGUCAGUACCUGUAGUCUAUGCUACUGCGUAUUACUCCAUGGUGGUGCGUGGGCGUCUCAGGCCUGGUGAGAGUGUGCUUAUCCACUCUGGCUCUGGAGGAGUUGGCCAGGCUGCCAUCGCCAUUGCACUCAGCAUGGGCUGCAGGGUCUUCACAACUGUGGGUUCCAAAGAGAAGAGGGCCUACCUGCAGGAACGAUUCCCACAGCUCACUCCAGAAUCCUUUGCUAACUCCAGAGAUGCUUCCUUUGAGCAACAUGUGCUGAAAUACACACAGGGCAAAGGAGUUGAUGUGGUUCUGAACUCCCUGGCUGAGGAGAAGCUGCAGGCCAGCUUGCGCUGUUUGGCCAGACAUGGGCGCUUCUUGGAGAUUGGCAAAUAUGACCUGUCAAACAAUACCCCUCUGGGUAUGGCUCUCUUCCUGAAAAAUGUGGCCUUCCACGGGAUCCUUCUGGAUGCACUGUUUGAGGAGGGUAACCGCGAGUGGGAGGAGGUGUCAGAGCUGCUGAAAAAGGGCAUUGCUGAUGGAGUGGUGCAGCCACUCCGCACUACAGUGUUCGAAAGAAACCAGGUGGAGGACGCCUUCCGCUACAUGGCUCAGGGCAAGCACAUCGGCAAAGUGCUGCUGCAGGUACGUUCUGAGGAGAAGGGCAGUGGUGUCUCUGCAGCUGCUCCUCUAGCUCUCUCUGCUAUCUGCCGCACCUUCUGUCCAUCCACUCACUCUUACAUCAUCACAGGAGGACUGGGAGGCUUUGGGCUGGAGCUGGCUCACUGGCUAACUGAGAGAGGAGCUCGCAAGCUAGUGCUCACCUCUCGUUCUGGCGUCCGCAACGGUUACCAGGCCAAGCGUGUCCGCGAGUGGCAAGCUAUGGGCAUCCAGGUCCUAGUGUCAACUAGUGAUGUCAGCACUCUGGCAGGGGCGGAGCAAUUGAUCGCUGAAUCCUCCCGGCUGGGACCUGUGGGAGGAAUCUUUCACCUUGCCAUGGUUUUGCAAGAUGGCAUGCUUGAAAAUCUUACACCACAGCAGUUUAUUGAUGUCAACAAGCCAAAAUAUGAUGGAACCCUUUAUUUAGACAGAGUGACGAGGCAGAAGUGCCCCGAGCUGCAGCACUUUGUGGUUUUCUCCUCAGUCAGCUGUGGCCGCGGCAAUGCUGGUCAGAGCAACUACGGCUUUGCCAACUCCACUAUGGAGAGAGUGUGUGAGCAGCGUCGCCAGGACAACCUGCCAGGCCUGGCCAUCCAGUGGGGUGCCAUCGGUGACGUGGGUGUUGUCCUGGAGACCAUGGGUGGCAAUGAUGCAGUGAUCGGUGGGACACUGCCCCAGCGCAUGGCUUCCUGUUUGGAGGUGCUGGACCGUUUCCUGUGCCAGCAGCGGGCAGUCAUGUCGAGCUUUGUGCUGGCAGAGAGGGUGCAGGUGGCGAAGGGAGAAGGCAGUGGACAGAGGGACUUGGUGGAAGCAGUGGCACACAUCUUGGGUGUGCGUGACGUGAACAGCCUGAACGCUGACGCCUCAUUGGCUGAUCUGGGUCUGGACUCUCUCAUGGGGGUGGAAGUGAGGCAGACGCUGGAGAGAGACUAUGACAUCGUCAUGGCCAUGAGAGAAAUCCGUCAACUUACUGUCAACAAGCUACGUCAGCUGUCCAGCAAGUCGGGAGGGUCUGAGGAAGCCAGGCCAUCCCAGGUGAAGCACACUGGAGCUCAGGCUCUGCUGGAGUCAGAUCUCAGUCUGAUGCUGGUGAACCCGGACAGCCCCACUGUGACUCGCCUGAAUGAGGUCCAGAGUGCAGAGAGACCUCUGUUCCUCAUUCACCCCAUCGAGGGCUCCAUCGCUGCCUUCCGCACCCUCACCGCCAAGCUAAGCGUGCCUUGCUAUGGUGUGCAGUGCACCAAAGCUGCUCCACUGGACAGUAUUCAGAGUCUGGCUUCGUAUUAUGUGGACUGUGUGAGGCAGGCGCAGCCGGAGGGGCCGUAUCGUAUUGCUGGCUACUCUUUUGGUGCCUGCGUGGCUUUUGAGAUGUGCUCUCAGCUGCAGGAGGCCCAGUGCCCUGUGGAAUACCUCUUCCUUUUCGACGGCUCCCAUUCUUACGUCGCAGCGUACACUCAGAGCUAUAGGUCUAAGCUGACCCCAGGCAACGAGUCUGAGGCUGAGACCGAAGCACUGUGCGCAUUCAUCCAGCAGUUCACUGGUAUUGAGUAUAACAAGCUUUUGGAAACGUUGCUACCUCUGAAAGAUCUCGAGGCUCGAGUAAACCAGGCUGUGGAUCUGAUCACUUCCAACCAUAAGAAUGUGAGUCGUGACUCACUCCACUUUGCUGCCUCCACAUUUUACCACAAACUGAAGGCUGCGGACCAAUACGUCCCCACGACCAAAUACCAUGGCAACAUCACCCUGCUGAGGGCAAAGGCCAGCAGCGAGUACGGAGAUGGACUGGGAAGUGAUUACAAGCUGCAUGAGGUGUGCGACGGUAAGGUUUCAGUGCACGUGAUUGAGGGAGACCAUCGUACAUUCCUGGAGGGAGAAGGAGUGGAGUCCAUCACAGGAAUCAUCCACAGCUCACUGGCAGAACCCCGUGUUAGUGCCAGAGAGGGUUAAAUGAGAAAUCCUUCAUUACAAUCAUUUUAGAUUUAUUUUUUUGGUCUUCCUCCUUCUUGAUUUUCCCUUAUUCACAUUUUUUUCCUCAAAAACACCAGAACACAGUCUGCCCUAGCCCUUACUUAACCUGCACAAAUGAAGCCCCGACGUAUCUGUCUCCUAACACAGUAGUACACCUGUCUCCACAUCUUACACUCUUCUUACCAACUUCUUUUACUCAUUCCAAAAUAUAUGUGGCACAGCAUAUUUAUUCUGCUGAGAGCAAAAAUCUCUCCAACAUGUUCUUCUAAAUUCCUCAUUCUGUUUAUUUUGUGUGUUCCUUUACUGUAGUUGCUCAAAAUAUGAGCAGAAUUUUGACUAAGAUAACAUGAAAUGUGCCACAUAAUUCAAAAUAUUAUGAUGUCAACGGCAUUCAUCAUUCUACUAAAAUGGGUGCAUUCCACAUAAGCCCGCAUUUCCGCAUGUGCACGUUAAUAAGGCUUAUUAAUCCUUAUGAAACGGACAGUAAAAUGUCCAUAUCUGCUCUGGUUCGGCUUCACUUCAGUCCUUUCACUGUGCAACAAGUCACAUGUUGACUGUUUACCAAUGAUUACAUGUUUCCAGACACAUUCGAUAUUCCACCAACAUUACCAGUAGUAACACCUUCCUUAUUCCAUACCUUUGUUUACUGUAAUCCUAAUAUUGCUGUUAAUGUCCUGCAAAAAUGCUGCAAGAGUUUGUGAAUCUCUGUGAAAACUGGAUAUUCUGUUCUAGUGAACCCACAGCCAAGAUCAGGCAGAAUUCACUUAAAGAAUGAAUAGAUGAAUUAAUGAUUUAAACUAAUUUAAACAAUUUCCCAAUUUAAGUGUUUGCUAAAAAAAGAAAGCAAAAGAAAAGCUCUGUCAUGAUGUUUAUGUGGAAUGCCUUGAAAUUAAUGCUGCUCCUGUGCUUUUUUGUGUAACUGCAAGUUAAUAAGUGAAAAUAACUUUUCUCAUUUUAUUCUGUUUGUCUACUGUUUGAAGACAACACAAACAUUCCUUUAUUGCUUAACUAUCACAAAAUAAUAUGUAUGUUUCUGAAAAGUGUGUUUCUUUCUCUGUGACGCUCAGCACUUAAUUCAAACCUUUGAGUACUUUUGAAACCUUUGAAACUGUUCUACUGUGCUACUACUUACUGUAAAGUGUGCCAGCACUGACGAGUAGAUGAGUAGAGUUAGUUAGUUAUAGUGCAAUAUGUCUCUUCUGGUGUGACCAGCUCCACACCUAAUCUCACUGAGAGACGGUAGUGAGCUUUUUUUCCCUUACUUCUUUCUUUUUGUUUUUUGACCACGUGCUGUGAGAAUGAAGGGUUUUAUCGACUGUUGUGUUGCCGGUCGUACAGUUGAGCCCUGAUGGUUUCCCCUCUUCCAGUCACAAUGAAGAAGAAAGGCAACUCUCCGAGAGCAGCUCUGUGGAGAGAUCUGAGACUUCUGUUCAAGUCUAUGACGAACCAGAUGCCUGUUUGGAUGUUGUGCUUGGUGCGUAGAUGCACUACGUGGCUAUUUCUUUGUUAGCUGUUAAUAUUCAGUUCAUUUUGUCAUUUGUUUUGUGUUUGUGUAAUUUUUCAAGUAUUUAUUGUUCUAGUCCAAAUAAAGAACUAUCACUAACAUA